AUGAGACGGAAAGUGAGUCUUGGUGCUCAUGGGAGGUAUGCUCAGAAGUUGCUGACUGAUUUAUUCGCUAACUACACCAACGCUCUGAGACCAGUGGAGGACACGGACCACAUCAUCAAUGUCACACUGCAGAUCACCCUCUCACAGAUAAUCGACAUGGAUGAGCGUAACCAGAUCCUGACCACGUACCUGUGGAUCCGGCAGGUGUGGACGGACGCCUACCUCACUUGGAAGAAGGAGGACUACGAUGGUCUCGAUACCAUCCGUAUACCUAGUAGUUAUGUAUGGAGGCCUGAUAUUGUCCUAUAUAACAAUGCUGAUGACCAGUUCGCCAGCUCCAUGGAGACCAAUGUGGUGAUCCGUAACGAUGGACAGAUCAUGUGGGACCAGCCGGCCAUCACUAAGAGCUCGUGCUCAGUGGAUGUGUCCUUCUUCCCGUUUGAUGCCCAGCAGUGUCGCCUAACCUUCGGCUCCUGGACACACAACGGCAACCAGAUGGACCUGGUCAACGCCCUGGACAGUGCUGACCUGGCCGACUUCGUGGCCAAUGUAGAGUGGGAGGUACUGGGCAUGCCAGCCAAGAAGAACGUGAUCCUGUACGGCUGCUGCUCGGACCCCUAUCCAGACAUCACCUACACCCUGCACCUGAAACGCAGGGCCUCCUUCUACAUCUUUAACCUGCUCAUCCCUUGUAUGAUGAUCUCCUUCCUGGCCCCGCUGGGCUUCUACCUGCCAGCUGACUCUGGGGAGAAAGUGUCCCUGGGGGUCACCGUGCUGCUGGCCCUGACCGUGUUUCAGCUGCUAGUGGCAGAGAGCAUGCCACCCUCGGAGAACGUACCACUCAUAGGCAAGUACUACAUUGCUACCAUGACGAUGAUCACUGCGUCGACCGCCCUGACCAUCUUCAUCAUGAACAUCCAUCACUGUGGUCCGGAGGCGCGUCCCGUCCCUGAGUGGGCCCGCCGCUUCAUCCUGCACUACCUGGCGCGGAUCUGCUUUGUCUAUGAGGUGGGAGAGAACUGCUUCACCGGCACCCCCAAGAAAAAGGCCCCGCCCGAGCUCCCACCUGACCACAAUAUCAACCCCCAAACCAGAAGUACGAACUGGGAUGUGAAUGGGGAGUCCUUGGGAGGCAUGGGAGGGAUGGGUGGAGAGGAAGGGGUUGGCGUGGGCGUAAAAACACAGAAAGAGGAGGGGGAUAGACUGGAUGUGAAAAGAGUCUCAUACCAAACCUUUGAGCCCAGUUGGUGGAAAGACGACCUGUUUGUGAGUAUAGAUGCUGGAGAGGAGGAGGAGGGAGCAGCAGGAGGUGAGAAAGAAGGAGGAGGAGAGGCAGAAAGAGAGAAGGGUUUCAGAGGAGAAAGUGGGUACAUGGGAGGAGCAGUGGCGGCAGAAAGAGGCAAAGGUGGAGGAGGAGAGAGAGGCUGUGUGGGAGGAGGUGGAGAAAGAAGGAAAGGAUCAUUAGGAGGCGCAGAGGCUAGGGUUAGGAGGGAGGUGGUGGUGAGGGCCCAGUGUGUGUGUCAGCACCAAGCGCUAUGCAGGAACAUCGAGUACAUCGCCAGCUGCUACCACGACCAGCGCUCCACCCAGAGACGUACGGGUGAGUGGAGGAAGGUGGCCAAGGUUAUGGACCGACUCUUCAUGUGGCUCUUCUUCAUCAUGGUCUUCCUCAUGAGCCUCCUCAUCAUGGGCAAGGCUGUCUGAGCACGUGCAGAGAGAAGAGGGAGAAGGCUCCGGGUACAAGUUACCCUUAGGCACAGAUCUAGGAUCAGAUCAUACCCUUCCCAAAUACUGACCCUAACCAUUAAGGGGGAUCCCAAACAGACCUUAGCUCAGUUUCUAAUGGCAAC